AUGGGAUCAUCGGCGUUUGUGGAGCAGGAGAACGAGGCUGUCACGCAGACACGCGUCGAAAUGCUGCAGCAGGAAGUUUUUAGAAAACAGGCGGAACUUGACUCUUUGCGCGUCCUCUCGACGGAGAACAAGUACCUCCGAGAAAAUAUUAUGGUGCUCCAUGACCAAGUGCAACUGCUAGUGCCAAACUGGACAGAACCCGUCACCGGUGAAGGCAUCUCACUUCGGGCACAGCUGCUGGCGUACCAGCGGUACAACCGUGUGCUUCAGGACGAAUUGGAUUGCAAAGAGGAGACCAUCGUUGAGCUGCGGGGAAAAGUGGAGCAGCAGGAGGAUGAACUCGUUGCUUCUAGGCAACGCUGCAGCAUUCUCUUUGAGCGCCUUUGUGCCGCUGGUGCAGUGUCGCCUGUCAACAACAACGAGGAGGCGGUGGACGGUGGAAUGAUAUGGUCAAUCGUUGCGGAUGAAGACGACCCAACAAGGUUUUUUUCACUUGCUCGCAAGCUCCAAGGGGUCGAGAAGGAACGGGAGCUUCUGCAGGAAGGACUUAUUUCCCUUCAAGAGGACUACGAACGACGAGGGGUUCUUGUUGCCUCGGUGCGGCGUGAAAACACAGCACUCCGUGCCUCUGUCUCACAGCUCAUACACCAGGUGCAGCUGUCAGCUACGUCGCAGCUAGAGAACACCAUGGAGAAUGGGGCAAGCGUGCCACCAAAGACAAUUGUGGAGGGACGGGAUGGUGUUGCUGUGGAUCCGCAUCUAAAAUUUUUGGAGUGUCAUGCACAGAAGGAAUUGAAGACCACUUAA